UUUCCUUUCCUUCUACCGUCAAUAUUUUAUGCUAUGGCUCCUAGAGAUAGAACGCCGACUGCCGUUAAAGUUAACGGCGGCAGCGCCGGUGUUGGUGUGCAAGUGAAAGAGGCGCAUUUUAGAGGGGUAAGGAAGAGGCCGUGGGGGAGGUACGCUGCCGAGAUUCGUGAUCCCGGCAAGAAAACUCGUGUGUGGUUAGGGACUUUCGAUACGGCGGAGGAGGCGGCUAAGGCGUACGACGCGGCGGCGCGUGAGUUUCGUGGAGCUAAGGCCAAGACUAAUUUUCCUAUUCAUGACGAUAAUGGUUUGUUGAAGGUGCAAAAAGAUGAGUUGUUUAAGAAAGCGAGUUAUGUGAGUCAACAGAGCACGAGUCAGGGUAGUACCAUUGAGUCGCCGAGUCGGGAAGCGGAAUCGGUCGUGCCGUCGUUGGAUCUCAAUCUCUCGUACGGCGUUGCUGCUCCGCCGGCUGUGCAGUUUCCUUUUCACCAGAAGAAUAUGUACUGUUUUUCUCCUUCCACAGGUGCCGUUACCGGAUUUUUCACCCCGCCGUCGAAUCAGAUGUUCUAUUUUCCCGACGGGAUCUUCCUCUCCGGAAAAGUGCAAGUUCACCACAGCGGUGGCUACGAUUCGUCCGCCCUGCCUUUCCGGCAAUCUGUGAGCGAUGACUCGAACUCAUCCUCUGUUGUUGACUUGAAGCCGUUACCUACACCGGCAUCGCAACGCUUGAUAAUAGAUCUCAACCUUCCGCCACCAGCUGAAUCCUCCUGAUUAUGAUCUAAAAUAUCAAAUCAUGAAUUCCAACAGUAAAUCCUAAAAUUACAGACUUUUUUCUCACAAUCGAGUAGCUAUCAAGGAUGAAGUUUAGCGGUAUGAUCUCUUCCGUCGAUCUACGAACCUCGCCAUUGUUGACUGUAAAUACUAAAUCAGAUCUCAAUUUUUUUUGCAACAUUUAGAGAAAGCUUCGGUGUAAUUUCUCCUUCUGUUGUUCCGCAACAUAUGCCUGAAUUUGUAAUCGCAUUUUGUAGAAUUCUUCGCCGUUUAUGUUAAACGUGGCUUGCUACAAGUUUUCCGGUAUCAAAUAUUAUAGAUCGGCGAUUUUUACA